AUGUGCUUGUCGACGGAGCUCCUCAUCCGCAAGCUCCCGUUCCAGCGCCUCGUCCGCGAGAUCGCCCAGGACUUCAAGACGGACUUGCGCUUCCAGGGCUCGGCUGUCCUCGCCCUCCAGGAAGCCGCUGAGGCGUACCUUGUCGGCCUCUUCGAAGACACCAACUUGUGCGCGAUCCACGCCAAGCGUGUCACGAUCAUGCCCAAGGACAUCCAGCUCGCCCGCCGCAUCCGUGGCGAGCGCUCGUAAAUGCGCUGCCUUGACUUAGUGUCUCCAACCUGGUGUUUUUCAACACCACCCUACGACUGAGAAUUAUUUAUACCUCAAGCGCAGCAUCAUCCAUCAGAUACUUAAAC